GUCUGAUCCGAGAACUGUCAGCAGACUGCUGUCAAAAUUCUGCUGACGGGAAAAAAACAGCGUCUGGUUUUGCAUUGGGAAAAACAUUUUAAAGGCUGAUAAUCUUGCAGACGCCGAUUGAAAUCAAAAAUUCAAAAUGGCGCUGCCAGCCAACUAUAAACACAACAUACCGGGUCCGUCGAUGCCUCCGCAGCGAUUACGCCCAUCGGGCUCAGGGGCCGAUCGGAAGGACAAUUCGAGCCCUUUCAUGCACAACCCGCACGGAAAUCCGGCUUUCAAUCCGCAAAAGAUGGGCAAAGCUUCCGCUGCGUCUGAGUCGAAGAUGAUUAAGCCACCGAAACCGCCGGAGAAGCCCCUGAUGCCGUACAUGCGCUAUUCGCGCAAGGUUUGGGAUUCGAUCAAGGCUUCCAAUUCCGAUCUGAAACUGUGGGAAGUGGGUAAGAUCAUCGGACAACAGUGGCGUCUGUUGCCGGAUGCGGAAAAAGAAGAGUACAUUGCAGAGUACGAGCUGGAGAAGGCGGAGCACGAAAAGAACAUGAAGGCGUACCACAACUCGCCGGCCUACCUGGCCUACCUGACGGCACGCAACAAGGUGAGGCCGGGCGAUGGCGAUGGUCACGAAACUUCAUCCCGCUCGAGUUCGAAGGGCACACAGGCAGAUCGCCGCAUUGACAUUCAACCGGCCGAGGAUGAAGACGAUCCGGACGAUGGGUACUCGUUCAAGCACGUAGCGUACGCUCGGUUUUCGCGCAAUCAUCGGCUGAUAAACGAAAUCUUCUCGGACGCUGUCGUUCCGGACGUGCGUUCCGUUGUAACCACGCAGCGCAUGCACGUGUUAAAGCGCCAGGUGCAAUCGCUUACGAUGCAUCAGAUGAAGUUGCAGCACGAGCUGCAGCUAAUUGAGGAAAAGUUUGAAACACGCAAGCGGAAGUUUGUCGAAUCGAGCGAAACCUUUCAAGACGAGCUGAAAAAGCACUGCAAGCCGGCAGUGGACGAGGAGACGUUUCAGAAGAUGGUUGACCGGCAGUACGAGAUGAUGAAGCGGGACCGUUUGCGGGCCCUUGAGGAAGCACAGAAGCCUCCAGCACAGGCUCCGACACCUGCUCCCACUCAACAACCUACGGCCGGACCUACGAAAGCAGAUUCGGACCAAACACCAGAACAAGCCGCUGCGAGUGAAGCUUCCGGCGAGGGCGAUACGCCGGCUGGUCCGAAGGCAGAAUCAACCGAACCUACCAGAGAUCGGUCACCACCAGCAGCAGCAGCUGUCUCGGAUGAAUCUCAAGGAUCGCAAGAUUCUUCGACUGGAGGACCACAACAACCGCCGGUUGAGAAGAUGGACACCUCAGAGGAUCCUAAACCGGAAGCUAAAGAUGAAAAGACAUCUGCCGCUGUGUCGAAAAUCGUACCAGAAGUGGCCAAGGAAUCAGUUGCACCGGCACCGAUUGCUCCCGUUGUUCCAGAUCAGCAAGUUCCAGCUCCGGUGUUACCUUCUGCGGUUCCGCCAGCUACCCCAACGCAGGGAGGAAUUCCUGCAACGCCACCCGUCGUUACUACCCCACCAGCAGAGCCGAAAGCGGAAAUUCCACCUAGUUCUACCGUACACCACACUGGGCCAACACAGCCACCACAGCCGGCCACACACCAUACGGUCGUUCAUGGUGCGUAUCCUCCCCAUACCGUUCCACUGACUUCUGCGGCCUCAGGGCCAGCUCCACAUCAGGCGCCGAUUGUACCCACGCCCCCACCACCAUCGCAUACCCCGGAAUCGCAGGUUCCACCUCCGAACGUAACCGUACCGCAUCAUCAACCGCCACACCCUCCACCCCAUCACAUGCCACCGCAUAUGCAACCGCACCCGGGCAUGCCCGCCCAUGGACCGACAUUCCCCGGCUACCCGCAUGCCGGUUCACCUCGUGCACCGUACUAUCUAUCGUCGUACGGGGCACAUCCACAACCGUACGGCCAGUACGGACACUAUCCGUACCAUCAGCAGUAUGGGCCACCACCACCACCACCAGGUAGCUAUGUAACGGGUGGCGUCCGUCCACCCGGUGGACCUCCCGGACCGAUGGGCCACUAUGGUGAGGUACAUCCGCAUCCGGAAGCACACCACGGCUACGGACCACCGCCUCCGUCGGCCGGUGGUGCUGGCCCGCCCGGUGGUAUGCCACCCGCACCAGGCGCACCACCACCAACACCGACGAUGGUUACGGCAACGGCUACGGUAACGCCCCCAACAGCAGUGCCAUCGGUGGCACAGCCCGAACCGGGUGAGAUUGAACCGGAAAAGGCACCGGUUCCGGUUGCUGUUGCGACUCCUCCAGUAACUACUCCGGCAUCGAAGAAGCGUAAGAAGGGUGGCGCUGCAGCAGCCGCCAAACACGACGAUGUCGACAAGAAGGACGAUUGAUCCCAUUUCAUGCUUAAAAGAUAAGACUUCAAUUCAUUGUAACUUAAAAGGGAAGCUUUUCAAUAAAUCAUAUUUGCCACUACAA